AAUAAUAAAAUCCCAAUUUCGCUACGGACAAAAAUCCAGAAACGAGGGUUGCUCUCUGCAGGGAUUUUGGAGACAUCGAGUAGUGGGAUUGUCGAGGAUAAGUGGAUUUUGUAUGAAUCGUUGGGUCUUCGUCUUCAUCGAAGUGGUAGGACGAAACUUCGAGCUUUUUCGGCGUCAGAUUCGGCCUCCGGGUCCGGGCUAGGGUUUCUGGUGGUGAGAAUCAUGGCUGAGGUUGUACUGCAUAUAUACGAUGUGACGAACAGCGGAUCGGAGAAGACUAACAACACCAUUGUUCAGAUCAACAGAAUCUUCAAGGACGGGAUCGGUCUUGGAGGCAUCUUCCACAGCGCCAUUCAGGUAUUCGGAGAUGAAGAAUGGUCUUUCGGGUUCUGUGAAGAAGGAACGGGUGUAUUCAGUUGUCCUAGCAGCGAGAAUCCCAUGUACGCGUAUCGUGAAAAGAUUGUCAUCGGGAGAACAGAGUGCUCGAUCUUCUUGGUAAACCAGAUCUUGCGGGAACUCAGCAGGGAAUGGCCAGGACACUCGUACGACUUGUUGUCCAAAAAUUGCAAUCACUUCUGCAAUGAAUUCUGUGAUAGGCUUGGUGUGCAAAAGCUCCCUGGUUGGGUGAAUCGUUUUGCCCAUGCCGGCGAUGCAGCCUUAGAAGUGGCGGGUAACACAGCUACGCGGUUAAGGCAAGCGAAAACCGAGGUAGUUUCAGCUAGUAAAGUGGCAUACCGGUUCCUAGCGGGUCUUACUUCGAACGUAACCAAUGGCGGACCUCAACGACCCCCUGACGACUCAAACAGAGGGAACCCUAGAUUUCAAGCAACAUGGCUCAAAGGGCUCAUUAGCGGUGCCAGACCCACCACUAGUACCGAUAUCGAGAACAAGGAUGAAGAUGAAGAUUCAUCACAGCAGCAGCAGAAGCAGAAACUGAACCCGGAUUCCAAUGUCACGUUGCAUCAAUGAAGCAAGCAAUCAUUAUUGGGUUUUUAAAGCAAAUCUUCUGUACAUGUUACCGGUUGAAAUCUUCAACACGUUAUUAAGAACCGUAUUCGUAUUUCAUUACCCUUUGUACGGUUGUACAAUUCAGACCAGUUCAGUUCCCUGAA